AUGGCGUCCGACUUGACAACCCAGAUUUUGGACGCCCUGUCCGCGUCCGAUGCGCCCAUUCUCUCCAGCGAAGCCUUCCCCUCCACCCCCUCAUUGAAUGUCAAGAGUGCGCUCGACCGCCUUGAUGCCCGGCAGAUGGUCCAAUAUGAGACUUUGGAGAGGGACGUCGUUACUCUGACUGCCGAAGGCCAAGAAAUUGCCGCCAAUGGUAGUCACGAAGCCAAGGUCUUCGCCGCCGUCGCUGCUGCCAUGGACGGAUUGAAGAUCUCCGAAUUGCCAGUAAUCGUUGGCAAAGACAAUGCCAAAGUUGGUCAGGGAAACGCCUUCAAGCGUGGCUGGAUUAAGAAGGACAAGGACUUGUUGCGGGCAUCCCAAGAAUCGAUUGUCGACGAGACACAACAGCAGUUGCUUGCGGUUCAGAAAACAAAGACUCUGGAGGAUCAAAAGGCCCUGCAGGAUCUCAAGCGCAGGAAGUUGAUUGCCCUGGCAAAGGAGUUCAACUUCAAGGUUACCAAGGGCCCCAAGUACGCCCGAGAAUUGGUCAAGGAGGAGACCGACCUGACCCCCGAGAUGCUCACCAACGGCUCAUGGAAGACGGCAAACUUCAAGCCUUAUAACUUCAAUGCCAAGGGUGCCCCGACCCCAGCUGGUACGCUACACCCGCUGAACAAGGUGCGACAAGAGUUCCGCAACAUCUUCUUCGAUAUGGGUUUCGAGGAGAUGCCCACCAACCGCUUCGUCGAGACCGGCUUCUGGAACUUCGACGCUCUGUUCGUGCCCCAGCAACAUCCUGCCCGUGAUCUCCAGGACACCUUCUACAUCUCCGACCCUGCCAAGGCAGAUGGUCCUCGAGAGGAUUCUCCCAACGACCCUCAUGUCCCCGUCCGAACCAAGAACGAUAAGCCCCUCGAUUACCAAAAGUACUGGGACAAUGUCCGUGAGGUCCACGAGCACGGCAAGUUCGGUUCCAUUGGCUACCGCUACCCCUGGAGCGCAGACGAGUCGCUCCGUUUGGUGCUCCGCACUCACACCACUUCCAUCUCGACCUACAUGCUGCACAAGCUGGCCGCCAACCCCCGGCCUGCUCGCUUCUUCAGUAUCGAUCGUGUUUUCCGUAAUGAGGCUGUCGACGCCACCCAUUUGGCCGAGUUCCACCAGGUUGAGGGUGUUAUUGCCGACUUCGGUCUGACCCUGGGUGGUCUGAUCGGCUUCAUGGAGGUCUUCUUCGCCAAGAUGGGCAUCCACAAGCUGCGCUUCAAGCCCGCCUACAACCCUUACACCGAGCCCAGUAUGGAGAUCUUCGGUCACCACGAGGGUCUGGGCAAGUGGGUUGAAAUCGGUAACAGUGGCAUGUUCCGACCAGAGAUGCUGGAGUCUAUGGGUCUUCCCAAGGACAUGAGAGUCUACGGAUGGGGAUUGAGUCUGGAGAGACCCACAAUGAUCAAGUACGGCGUCAGCAACAUCCGUGAACUCCUCGGCCACAAGGUCGACCUGAACUUCAUCGAGACCAACCCGGCCGUGCGUCUCGAGAAAGAUUAA